GGAACACCUUUUACACCUCGUCGGUGCUUUCAAGCGCCGUAAUUAGACAGCGAUAAUUGAGAUUGAACUGGAAUUAUUGAAGAAAAAAUUAAUAUUAAGUUUAGUAAAUUUUGCUUUAAUUGAUCAAAUCUCAAUCCAAUCUCAGAGUGUCAAUCGCUAGUGUGAUUAUGACUUUACUUGUCCUACACAUGCACGCGCGCGUAUAGGUGCGUAUACAUACAUGCAAAAAGAUAUAAAGUUGGAGCAGUUGCGUCAUGCCGAGCAGUUGAAACCUUGGAAUAUGUCUAUAGUUCACACACGUGGUGCGUUAUAUAUAUGUAUAUAUAUAUGUAUAUAUCAACAAUUUUCCACCCGGUGAACGCUUAACCCAAAAAAAAAGUUGAGCCGUUGGAAGGUGAGAGCAAUCGGGAUAUCAAAUUUUGUCAAUAUUAUUGUACAAUGGCCCAAUAUCCGCCCAUUAAUGUACGUCUGGCGGUGAACAGGGUAGACUUCAAUCUAAUAACGAACGAAGGCAUCCAGCCGCGGCUCUACACCCCCGGCGAGGAGAUAUCCAGUCAGCCGGAUUUCCUAAGAGGCCAUGGGACCUACGUCGAUGAGGACAAGACGUUGCGCGCAUCGGUCGCUGGGAUUCUGGAAAAGGUGAACAAACUUAUAUCGAUUAGGCCCUUGAAGGCGCGCUACAAUGGGGAGAUCGGUGAUCUCAUCGUGGGAAGGAUAACGGAGGUGCAGCAGAAGCGUUGGAAAGUUGAUAUAAAUGCCAAGCUUGACGCUGUUCUGUUAUUGUCCAGUGUUAACUUGCCUGGUGGUGAAUUGAGGAGACGAUCCGCCGAAGAUGAACAGACGAUGCGCAGGUACUUGCAGGAGGGAGACCUGAUAUGCGCGGAAGUGCAAUCGAUCUUCGCCGACGGUUCGCUCUCCCUGCACACGCGAGUGCUGAAGUAUGGCAAGCUGUCGCAGGGGAUUAUGUUGAAGGUACCGCCGAUGUUGAUUCAACGCAAGAAGACGCACUAUCACAUCCUAGAGAACGGCGCCACUCUGAUACUCGGUAACAACGGCUACGUGUGGAUCGGCGCGAGCAUUCAGAACGUCGAUAAGUCCGAGGGUGGUUUCACGGAGGAUCUGUCGAAGAUCCCGGUGGAGAAUCGCAACGUGUGCACGCGGUUGCGUAAUUGCAUCUUGAUCCUGGCGCAGUGCAACAUGCUGCUGUCCGACACCUCCGUGACGUACGCUUACGAGGAGUCCUCUAAGUACGAAGUGCACGAAUUGCUGCAUCCCGAGGCGAUGGUCGACGUAGACAUGGACGCAUGUUUCAAUGCCUUCGAUAAAGACGGCGACGGAUUCCUGUCGAUCUCGGAAUUCGAUCUCAUAUGCCGCGCGUUAUUUCGAAAUGACCGCGGCAAGAUUUACGGCCUCGAGGAGGAUCAACUGCGCGAGGUGUAUGCGAUCUUUGACAUCAAAGGCGACGGCCUAAUCGACAGGGAAGAAUUCGAGGUCUGCUGGAACCGAUGGAUCAAAAUAUGCACGCGUCCCAAAAGUGCCUUCCUAAUUGUGGAUGUGCAAAAUGAUUUUAUAACAGGUUCCUUGAACAUAAAGCAGUGCGCCGCGCAGCACGACGGUUCGGAAGUAAUCGACCCAAUUAACCGAUUGCUGGAAACUGUACCGUUCGAUUCGGUAUUUUACUCCUUGGACUGGCAUCCUGUGGAUCACGUGUCCUUCAUUGACAAUUUGCACUUGAGAGAGGUGGACAUCAGCAGCAACAUCUCGAAGGAAGCGGCGCGGGUGUACGACACAGUGACGUUCCAGGGACCACCGUUGCUGAAGCAACGUCUGUGGCCGCGUCACUGCGUGCAAGACUCGUGGGGCGCCGAGCUCCACAAGGACCUGAAGAUCGUCGACAACGCGAUCAAGAUCUACAAGGGCACGAAUCCGGAGGUCGACUCGUACUCGGUGUUCUGGGACAACAAGAAGCUCACCGAGACGACGCUGUCGUCGCAGCUGCAGGAGAAAGGCGCCACCGACAUCUACAUCUGCGGACUGGCCUACGACGUUUGCGUGGGCGCUACCGCGGUGGACGCGCUCACCAGCGGCUAUCGCACUAUACUGAUCGACGACUGCAGCCGCGGCGUGGAUCUCGUCGACAUCGAGAAGACCAAGGCCACCGUGAUAGGCAGCAACGGCGUGAUAGUGAACUCCAGCCAGGUGAAGGCCAUGGUGGAGGGCAGAGACCGACGGCCGGAGCUCGGCUACAAGCUCGCAUUAGAAAUCAAGCAAAAAUUAAGCCUCGGUGAAUAAUUAUAACAGCAAAUAAGUAUAGUAUACCUAGAAACGUUCAAUUGGUAGAUUAAUAUGAGAGACCAUAAUCUCGCGUUUUGAAGCAGAUCUUGUAAAGCGUAGAACAGCUGAAAAUGAAAAAGAUGCAAAGAUGAAUUAUAGAUGGAGAUACCUUUUUUUGUCGCUGAGUGUUAAAGUAGUUAAAUUAGGUAUUAGAAGGUAAGCGUUGAAAUUUGUUAAUAAGUCUGUUAUCUGUUAUCUUUGGAAAGAAUUCUUUAGGAGAGAUAAAAUUUAUAAAAAUUAGAAGAUCCAAAGGGCCUAAGAUCUGAAAUGAGUGAUAUAAGCAUUUAAACUUAGUGUAGAUAUAUAAAAUUUAGUCGAUGUUAGAACUUGAUGAGAAAAGAUAUUUGUUAAAUAUUUAUUGAGAAAUAUAUGUAAGUACAUUGAAUCAACGAUGAUUUAAAUCUAUGUAUGUAUGCAUAUAUCAAUGAGAGUGAAAUUCGUCGGGAACAAAACUUCCAUUAUAGAUUCUCUUAUAAAAGUAUUUAUUGUGUUGGAAUAAUAAUAAAUAAAAUUAAAGUCUUAGAAUAUGCCGCAUUGAUAAAUGCAAAAUUAUUAAUAAUUUUAAAUAUUAUUUUAAGGCAGGAAUAUAAGAAAUAAAGCGUUGUGAGUUUUAUUAUACACUAUACAUCUUAUUUAUACUAGAUUAUAUAAUGUAGGCGUUAUUUGUUCUUGAUUUACGAUAGAUUUUAUCGAUAUUAAAAAUAAAUGUUAUACAGAUA